AUGGUCGUGAAUCACUAUCCCCCAGCUCAAUGUGCUGCGUAUGUCCAAAAGACACCUCUUGCACAACGUUGCACGUGUGAAGUUUGGCUUUGCGAUCACGUCGCUAUCAAUAACUGGUAUCGUUCUGCGGAGCCAUGGAAUGUUAUGGGCGAUUUCCCCGACACCAAUAGUCCUUCUUCCAAUGUCAACGCGAUCAGUUUUUCCAACGAUACCAUCACUGGUCCAUAUACGCUCAGCUCCAUGUCCGUUUCUUCCGCCGAUUCCGACAACGUCACUUUUUCUCAUGACGUGAACCUCGGGCCAAUCACCGGGACGCCUAUUUUCUCCCCCAGUCCCCGCCAUUCAUUCAGCCCUUCUCACGAUGCGAGGAACGCCCCUCUCACUCUCGCAUACAUCUCUGCUCCUCCUGUCAGUAGCGCAUCAUCCGGUAUACUUCAAUCGGAUAUCGCGCAUGCCCAGACUUAUGGCUCAGGAGAUUAUUUUGUUCAAUACCCGGACCAUUUCAUAAACAAUUCCUACGUUCCUCAGCCAGAGGGUGGCAUGGCAGACGACAAUUCAUAG